AUGAGUGGAGUGCAAGUGUAUCAGCCAUGCGUCGGAAGCCUGCUGUUGUUGCUUGGCCCAGAGGGGUUGAAUAAAAAGCAAGUCAAGACCGUUGGGAGGACGGGUGCGGGAAGAACCCUCGCUGCUUACUUUUUCCAGAAUUGCUUUGUUUUUCUCUUCCUCGAUACAUACUUGGACGCACCAGACAAGUCCGCCGUGGGCGCAUACGUACAUAUGGCCCAACGGUGGUGGGUGGUGGCAUGCGGAGACCAUGGUGCAUGGCCAAUCAGCGCGACAGAUGUGGCGCAAGGCAUACGGCGGUGUUUCUCGAAAAAUUGGCCGCACGGCCAGAGCUUACAGCAGAAGCUUACUGCUGCUGCGACUCAGUCAUCAGUCGAACAGUCGGAGCUGUAG